UCUCAACAUAGCUCCAUCACGAUUAAAAUCUCUACGCUCCCCAGAAGAAUUUGAAAUGGUUCUGCGACGAGGCUCAGGAAAUGGAGGGGUGAUGGCAGUUGUUGAUGAACUUCCAUACAUAGAGUUGUUCCUUCAAAAUCGUACUGAUUUUGGGAUCAUUGGCCGACCAUUUACUAAGAGCGGAUGGGGUUUUGCGUUCAAAAAGGAUUCUCCUCUAGCUACAGACAUGUCAACAGCAAUCCUCAAACUGGCCGAGAGUGGGAAACUUCAAGAGAUACACGAAAAAUGGUUUUGCCAAUUAGGUUGUUCAACAGAUAGGAGAAAAGACUCAGAGCCUAACCAGCUUCACCUGAGCAGCUUCUGGGCACUCUAUCUUUUAUCUGGUGCUGCCACUCUCUUUGCUUUAUUAAUCUUCUUACUCAGAAGUAUUCGCCAAUAUAUACGAUACAAAAGGAAGCAUACAGACCUUUCUUCUCCCUCAAACACCAGAUGUUCACAGGCGAUCUAUAGUUUCUUUGACUUUAUUGAUGAGAAGGAAGAAGCCAUCAAAAGAAUUUUUGCUCAGCAUGAUAGUUCUCAAGCUCAAACAAAUGGAUCUUAAUCUUUGCUCAAAUAGUUUCUUAUUGAAGUAGAGUAUACAUGUGACUGAGAUUUAGUGAUACUUACUAGUUAGAGAUGCUAAUAUAUUACUCACCAACUGUAUAUGUCUUGUACAAAUGGCUAUACUAAAUGCUCGAUUAUAAUGUAAAAGCUCAGCUCCUUCCAGAGUUUCUGAUA